AUGGCAGCCCAGGUUGAGCACCAAGAGCAACACAGAAGGGCAUCUCAGCGUGUACUUUUGAAGUUUGGAGGUACUUCGGUUGGGAAGUUUUCGCAAGAAAUUGCCAGGAUCGCCUUCCUUUUGAAAGCUGCCCGAGAGGCAGUCAAACCAAAUUCAACUGGCCAUCGCGCCAUUGUCUCAGGUAUUCUGCAUGAGCACCUCAACACAGCGAAAUUCAAAAACCCCGAGAUCGAAGAAAGAUUAAAGCGGGACAUAUCUGCCGAAUGUAAUGCACUUGAAAAGCUGCUCGACUCGCUGCCGAAGAGAGAAGAUGUGCCUCCCGAGGCCGAGGACAAGAUCCUAAGUGUAGGGGAGAAGCUCAGUGCUCAAUAUCUAACGGCGCUUCUGGAAGAUCAUGGGAUACGGGCUCAAUAUCUUGAUUUGUCUGAUGUAAUUGAACCAAAUCUAGCGCCGUCGUUUAAUCAAGAAUUCUACCGAGAGGUCGCUCAUGCGAUAAGUCGGAGGAUUGAGCUCUGUGGUGACAAGGUACCGGUUUUAACCGGGUACUUCGGUCCUUUACCAGGAGGUUUGCUCAAGCAAUUAGGACGUGGGUACUCCGAUCUGUGCGCUGCGCUCGCUGCUGUCGGAACGAAAGCGAAGGAGCUACAGGUCUGGAAAGAAGUUUCAGGCGUCUACACUGCCGAUCCAAGCAAGGUUCCAACAGCCAAAUUAUUAUCAUCCAUUGACCCGAGAGAGGCCAAUGAGCUAACCUUCUACGGUUCUGAAGUAAUCCAUCAUUUCACAGUAGAGCAAUGUCUCCCUUCAAUCCCAAUCCGCAUCAAGAACGUCCUCGCGCCUCAAAGCCCCGGCACCCUUAUCACUCCAUCCUCCCAAGCCAACCUACAAUCCCAUCCCAAGCGCCCAACGGCCGUAACAGUGAAGCACCAAAUCACCGUCGUCAACGUCCACUCCCACCGCAAAGUCGAAGACGCAGAUUUCCUCGCGCAGAUCUGCAAGAUCCUUGCUUCUUGGUCACUGAACAUCGAUCUUUUCGAAAAGAACCAGUUCCAUAUCAGUCUCGCGGUGCACUCUAAGAUGCCAAUUAUCAAAGGUCCCGAGGACCGAGGCGGAGAACAGGAUGCAGAAGACCUGUUGAAUCAGCACAAGGACUUGCAACAUGCGAUUGAAGAGUUGAGUGAGUACGGGAGUGUGGACGUGGUGAAGAAUAUGGCUAUCAUCAGCUUGGUAGGACUACAGUUGAAGAGGAGUAUUGGGAUUGCGGGAAGGCUAUUUACGGCGCUGGGAGAUAACAAUAUCAACAUUGAGAUGAUCUCUCAAGGCGCAAGUGAGAUCAGCAUCUCGUGCGUGAUCGCGGAACGAGAAGCUCUCCGUGCUCUGAACGUGGUGCAUACGGAUCUGUUCACCUUUCUCGACUAG